AUGGCCGACGCUUUUCACCCCGAAGCGCUGACUGCCUCCGCGCCCCCUCGACCGGUUCGCAAGAAGUUCGCCAAACCCCCCGUCAAGGUCGCCUGCUUGCCCUGUCGCGCCUCCAGAACACGAUGUGGCGGGCAGGAACCCUGCUCCAAUUGUGUCUUUAAACGGCGUGAAUGCACCUAUCUGCCCAGCAAGAGAGGUGGGCCGCGCAAAAAGAAGCAGAAGCAGAAGCUGUCGCCCUCGCCUUCUCCGGACGAGGAGCUCUUACAGGAUGCUCCCAAUGUGGCCGUGCCAGGCCCAGACUUCGAGGAGUCUCCGGGCAUGUUUAGUCAAAUCGAUGUCUUAUCUCUGCCAGGUGCAGGGUUGAGGCAUCUGGACUUCCCACAAGUGGCUUCCAUGUUCCAGGGCUAUUUCACGGGCGAUGCAGACACAACCCAUGUGCAUAUGGGGAAUGUGCCGUCCCCGUUGAGUACCACCCAGUGCCUCGUGAGAACGUAUGGAAGUGAACCUGAAAUCUUAAACGCUUAUUAUGAUUUUAUCCAUCCCUAUUUCCCAAUUCUUCCGCCACGGGUAUCACCUCAAUGUCGGGAUCGUCCGUUGCAAUUCAACAUCUCCCCGUCCAACCCGUCGUCAGAGCCUUUCAUGUUGUACCGACCCCGAUCUCCAUUGAGUAUUGCCAUCUGCGCGAUUCUUGCAUUGAUUCCACACCCACGGGAUCCGGAGCCAUCUUCUCCAACGUCAGUUCUUCGGCGCAGGAACUACGCACAUUCGUUUGCGCAGCUCGCUAACUCAAUCAUCGAAACGGAAUGUGACUUGGAACUGUCAUCAACUGACCCCGGUCAAGCAUUGUCUAGUGUCCGCCCUUCUGUUAACCGAGAGAAGCUUCAUCCUGGAACACCCGAAGAUUUAGAGACUCUUCUCGCCUUGCUUAUCCUCUCGGUCUACGAGUAUUCACAGCGAGGUAAUCUUCUCAAGAUGAGAUAUCGUGCAGGGCAAGCUUUGGCCCUUGCCUUGGACAAGUCACUCCAUUGCUGCAUGGAGGAUAGUGAAUUUUCAGAAGCUCGCCGUAGAGCUUGGUGGAUGACGUACUAUUGUGUUAUACAGGGCUCUAUAGUCAGUACGACUCCGCCGACAAUAGUCAUCAAUGAUCCGCAGUUUACGACACCCUACCCACAAUUUGCUGCCGAUUCUGAGGGCUGGUCCAUCUUGAUACAGGCCCAGCAAGUGUUAGUAUCGGCUACUUCGUUUAUUUCCGAUCUCAACAAAUCUCUCACCUCGCAAUCCGGCAUGCACUAUAUGUAUGAAAGGAUGCAACAACUUGACUCGUGGACCAACUCCGUGCUAGCGCAGGUAGAUUUGCUGCCGAUGUUACCCCAGGAGCCGGACUUCGGGGACAGUCGAGAAACAGUUACCUCCGGAAGUAUCCGAGCUAUAUCGCGGAUCAAACUAUCGAGCGCGCAAAUCAAAACCCAUCGCUUCCGAGCCUUCUCCGACAUCCCCAUCUUCAUAAAACGACAUUGUGAUCUGACUGCCGCAAAUCCAAGUAACCAAUCAAUCGACAUGAAGCAACGCUCUCCAUCCCACCAGGGUCACGGGUUAAGCAACGUGGGCUGCUCAUGUAGCAGUCUCGAUCAAUUCCAACGUGCCUCGUCAGCGGAAUACAUGACUCCAUCCGACUCCUCGACUUCCUCAGACAUCCACCCUUACAUUCCACAAUAUCCUCAGUUCCCCUUCGCGUCCGGAUUCCCAUACAGUCCUCAACACUCUGCCAAAAUAUGCCUUAGAGCUGCUUUGACGAUUUCGCGCAUGUUUGAAGGCCUGCCUGUCCCGCAGCCACUGACGGAAGGCCGCCAACAACAGAAUCGCCCACUUCCUCGUACGAUGCCCUCAUUUGCGUGCUGUCUCAUGCAAAGUAGCUACGCUAUGUUCAUGAUCUUCUACAAGGCUCGUGUGGCAAAGCAACUUUCGCCAGACUCGGAAAGUGAAAUUGCGGCCGAGUCGACAGACCAUCUCGUGGAAGAACUCCGACGGGGCCUGGAGCGGAUAAUCGGAGCGGUGUCCAACUAUUCACAAGCUUUUGAGGCAUUGGAUGGGAUGCGAGAUGAAAUUCAAGGUGCAUAUCAAACGGCUUUCCCUCAUAUUUCCGUAUAG